GUAUUUCUCUUUCGGACCGCGAACUGAACCCCCCCCAAAACUUCUAAAACCUCCAUCAAAUAGACCUGAAAAUUAUCGAAGUCGGGUUUUUUCCCACAGAUCCGAACCACAGGCCAAAACCCAGAAAAAAAGAAGAAAGAAAAUCAAAGAGAUAUAUGCAAUUUCAAUUUUCGGCUGUGAAAAGAGAAUCAUUUUGGUUUUUGUUAGAUGGGAUUGAAGCUUUUAGGGUUUUUUGAAUCGUGGGUCAAUCAAUGGGAGCCCUAACCAGCAAUCACAAGCGCGGUGAGGAGUCGUUGGGUUUGAAUCACGGUCACGUUUCGAAGAAACCCAGAUUCUCUUCUUCUAUGCAGCAGAGCCCGGGGGACCCACUUGCCGUGUUGUCGUCUAAGAGCGCGGUCGCGAGGUUGUCUCGGUACCCAGCAGCUAAGCGUCCAUUGCCGAGAAUUCAUGCCCCUUGUAGAACAGUGAAAUUCGGGUUCAACUCGUCGAGUUCGACCCGAGAUUUGGGUUCGAACAAGGAGUACACUACCGACGCCAUGGGAAACUUUUUGUUGCAGAAAUUCAGUCGGGCAAAAACUUGCGCAUUCGAGGCUUGUCGCUUUCUGCAACGGAAGGACAAGAAGGUAAUUGAAUUGGAUACGGAGGAGGUUGAAACUGAAACUGACAGAGCUUCUGAAGAUUCGAGCAUAGAAGAAAUCGAGGUUCUUGAGGAAGAUGGAAGGGAAGGUCUUUCCGUGGUAUCGGACCAGAGGUCGCGUGAGGCUAAUGGGUUUUUGGCAAAUGUCGAAAAGUUGGAUGCAAAAUUGUUGGAACGUGGUAGCCAGCCCUCGUCGUCUUCGAUGGCUUCCGGCUUGACGAAUUACACUCUGAAAGUCGAGAGUGCAGAGAAGAUAUUCGAUUCAUUGUCACUGGGCGCUUCUGCAUACAGGAAGAUGCUAGAGAGUGUGGAGAGGAGGACCUCAAAGUUGAAGCAGUUGGAUUUUGAUAUUCAAUUAAAUGAGAGUCGCAGGUCUCAUUUUCAGUUACUGCGUCCUAAGAAGAAACCAGAGGAGGAUGCCUCGCGUGAAGCUUUUAUCCCUCUUACAGAGGAGGAAGAGGCUGAGGUUGAGCGAGCACUUUAUGCCAAUCGGAGGAAUGUCUUGGUCGCACAUGAGAAUUCAAAUAUAGAGAUUACGGGUGAAGUUUUGCAGUGCCUUCGACCAGGCGCAUGGUUGAAUGAUGAGGUCAUUAAUCUCUACCUUGAGUUGCUGAAAGAGCGGGAAAAGAGAGAUCCACAGAAGUUUCUGAAAUGCCAUUUCUUCAACACAUUUUUUUACAAGAAGUUGAUAAGUGGGAAUGGCUACGAUUAUAAAUCUGUCAGGAGAUGGACUACGCAGAGGAAGUUGGGUUAUGGCCUCAUUGAGUGUGAUAAGAUAUUUGUCCCUGUCCACAAAGAGAUACACUGGUGUUUGGCAAUUAUUAACAAGAAAGACAAGAAAUUUCAAUAUCUUGAUUCCCUCAGAGGAAAAGAUACCAGAGUAAUGAAAAUACUGGCUAGAUAUUAUGUUGAUGAGGUGAAGGAAAAGAGUGGAAAAGACAUCAACGUGAGUUCUUGGAAACAAGAAUAUGCUGAAGACCUUCCUGAGCAAGAGAAUGGAUUUGACUGUGGCAUGUUCAUGAUUAAAUAUGCCGACUUUUAUAGCAGAGGUCUCGGGCUCUGUUUCAACCAGGAACACAUGCCCUAUUUUCGAUUGAGGACAGCAAAGGAGAUUUUAAGACUUAGAGCAGACUGAUUAGAUUUAUAGGAACCAUCACGAAAAUGCAUAGUCAAAAAGGCUUAGAAAGUGGAUCCAUUUUUAGUUAAAUGGUUUUUUGUAUGUAAAUAACAUUAAUUAAAGGGUCAAUUUUCAUCCACCUUUUUUGAGGUUUGAUUUAGAUACAAUUUGAUCCCUCUAAUUUCAAAUAUAUCAUAACCUGCUUCAGAUUUAAAAAAAUAAUCAUCUUCCUCCUGUAUUGUUUCAUCAUACACCCCUCGGAAUUAAUGCCAUUCACUCCCAUUUGCUAAAAAUGCUGGUUUUAAGUUUUAAAAACACGAGGGAUUAAAUUGUAAUUAAUCUAAAUCUUAGGAGGUUCAGAUGAAAUAUUCCCUUGAUUAAAUUGUAUUUACAAUAUAAAUAUAUAUAUAUAUAUAUUUUUUUUUCUUUUUCCUA